CUCGAUUGGGGUCGACAAGGAAGGAUUGGGUGAGCCGCAACCGCGUCGGUCCUGCUCGAUCUGGGAAUGCCGAAACCCGCUCCGCUCCCGAUUCCCACCUUCGCCUGGGGAAGGGCAAUGUCGGUAGAGAUGAACAGCGCCUCGUUGCCGGCCGCGCCGGAGACGCCGGGAUUCUUGUUCUCCUAUUGUUUUCGAGCAUUGGCAGCUAAUGGGGAGGGACUCGAAACCCAAGGAAUCAGGUGGGAAGGGGAAGGGAAAGCAAGCAGCUUCCUCCGCAAUUGAUGAUAAUGCCUCCAAGGGUAAAGGGAAGGGUGGCAAGUCAAGUGAUGGGCUUGGUACCUGCACUUAUGGUAAAGAUAAUGUCAUGCAGAUUACUUCAAGGCACCAAUAGAUUGCACUAUCUAUUUGCAAAUGCCCUGUCCCCAUUCAUGGAUUAACAAGACAGCUUAUUUCUGUUCGACUCAAUCGAUCCUGAUUGGGUCAGACUAAUUUCAUUUCCAAACAAUCAGGAUAACCUGAAACCAGCUAAUCCUGAGUUGGUUCUGUCUAAUUUCUGAUCGAUUUUGUGUAUCAGGCUAGGUACUGGAAGCCAGAAUGACUCAUUCUGUUCUGCACCAAUCUUGGCCAAUUUUCCACCAACUCCCAACAGCUUGCUGAAAAGAUUUGGCAAAAAUCCGACCAUCUAAAAGAAAGGAAAAGGAAAAUCAAUGGGAAAAACAAUCCCACGAUCUGGUUUAGCUGAUCCAAUCAAUUGAGACUGGUUUAGAUUCUGGAUUGUGUUAUCAAUCCCAAAGCUGAUCCAAAUAUUAUGAAAUUUAAGAAGGUGCAGAAUUGCUGCUCACCUUUGUCAUCCAUUUCUUGAAUUCAUGAUUGAAUUUGACUAAUUCUAGUCUUAUUUGAUUGAAGCACAUUCAAGGAAGCUAGCUACUUUAUAGAGUUAAAUCUUGGGGCACCAAAGAUGGUCUCAUGUGCUCCGAAAUUAAUGGAAUAGGUUAAUUCUUCCUAUCUUUGCAUCAUAUUCUAACUGUGUAUGCUUAACAAUGAACUAGAUACCUGUUGUGUCCAAAUUGGUGACAGGUUUAGCCAUCAAAUUACAUUUCAUGUACCAAGGAGUGUCCACAGAGAUUAUAUAUGCUAAAUUAAACCAUUGAUUGUGUUUCAGCAAGGCACAUAUUAUGUGAAAAACAAGGCAAGAUUAAUGGAGCAUACAAGAAGCUCCAAGAUGGCUGGCUAAGCAAUGGAGACAAGGUUCCCCCUGCUGAAUUUGCAAAGGCAUGGUUACCACAUCAUUCUUUGUGAAGGGAGGAAAAAUUAAUAGUUUUGGUGUAGAACAGCUGCUUCAGAUGGGAGGAAUUGGUAUAAUCUGUUAAUCAACUCUUGAUAAUUUAGAUGAAGCAAGACUGCUACUGCAUGGAGUUUGGAGAUAUGUAAACCCUAGUUUGGUCUGUUAUGUGAAACUGCUUUGAGGAAGAAAUUUGCUGGUUGUUCCAUGGUUAAGAAAGAAUGCUUUGGUGAUGAACAUAAAGCACUUAGAAGAGGAGAGGAGCAGGGGGUUAAGUUGUUCCUCGUAUCUAUCCGUUGGGUUUGUAGCGCUAAUGGUCGGUCGGACUUCACCUUCUAAACCCGCGCCUCUUUGCUGCUGCUGCUACUCCCUCUCGUUGCACUCCGUUCUUGCAGUAGAUGGCGGUGCCCCGUCUUCUUCUCCACCUCGUCUACCCGACCUCGUCGUCCCUCCUCCUCGCCAACUGCAAGCCGUCGCCCCUACCUGUCCUCAACAUCGGCUGUAGCAGCAGAAGGAUCAGCACCGCCGCUGCGCAGCGCGACCCCCCGUCUGAGGCGGCCGUCGAUGACUUCUGGCGGUGGCUUUGUGAGCGGGGAGCGGUCGCCGCCUCUUCCGCCGCGACCGUUAAGCCUGGUUUCGUGCCGGAGGGCCUGGGCGUCGUGGCCCAGAGGGACCUCACCCGCAACGAGGUGGUGGUGGAGGUCCCCAAGAGGCUCUGGAUCGACUCCGACACGGCAGUCGCCUCCGAGAUCGGUAGGCUGUGCGCCGGCCUCAAGCCCUGGGUCUCCAUCGCCCUCUUUCUCCUGCGGGAGAGGGCCCUGGGCACGGCCUCUCCCUGGCACCCCUAUCUCGACAUUCUUCCGCCCACUACCAAUUCCACUAUCUUCUGGUCAGAAGAGGAGCUUUCUGAAAUAGAAGGAACUCAGUUAUUGAGCACGACGAUGGGUGCUAAAGAGUAUGUGGAAAGUGAAUUUGUCAAAGCAGAAGCAGAAGUGAUACUUCCAAACAAACAUCUCUUUCCUUCAGCUAUAACAUCGCUUGAUUUUCUGUGGGCUUUCGGAAUGCUCAGAUCAAGGGCCUUUUCACAUGGUCGUGGUGAAAACCUUGCUCUUGUUCCAUUGGCUGAUCUUAUUAACCACAGUUCCAGCAUCACUCGAGAGGAUUCUUCUUGGGAAAUUAAAGGAAAGGGCAUCUUUUCUAGGGAACUGAUAUUCUCUUUACGAACACCAGUCUAUGUGAAAUCUGGUGAGCAGAUGUAUAUCCAGUACGACAUCGCGAAGAGUAAUGCCGACUUGGCGCUUGAUUAUGGCUUUGUUGAACAGAGGCCAGAUCGGGAUGCAUAUACUUUUACACUAGAGAUUAGUGAAUCUGAUCCAUUUUAUGGAGACAAACUAGACAUUGCAGAGUCAAAUGGUUUAGAUGAAACUGCAUACUUUGAUAUAGCUCUAGGGUGCCCUCUACCCCCAUUGAUGCUUCCAUAUUUGAGGUUGGUAGCUCUUGGAGGAGCAGAUACUUUUCUCUUAGAAUCGGUUUUCAGAAACACAAUUUGGGGUCAUCUGGAAUUGCCGGUGAGUCGUGCCAAUGAGGAAGCCAUUUGCCAUGUUGUCAGACAGGCCUGCAAAUCUGCUUUCUCUGUCUACCACACUACCGUAGAAGAGGAUGAAAAACUUAUGGAAGGGGAUAAUUUGGAUGAAAGACUUCUAAUCGCAGUUUGUGUAAGAGCUGGUGAGAAGAAAGUUCUCGAGCAGAUCGAUGGUGCUUUCCGAGAGAGAGAGUCCGAGUUGGAUAUUUUGGAGUAUUAUCACGAGAGGAGGCUCAAGGAUCUGGGACUGGUUGGGCAGCAAGGUGAAAUCAUCUUCUGGGAAUCUAAAUAGAACACCUGCACGCACCUUCUCUCCCAAUAUCUGAUUUCACAUGUUGUACAUGGAGACCACAGUGAACAAUUGCACGCAGGUAAUUGAGAUAAUAAUGCAUUUGACACCAGAAUGCAGUUUAUCAUCCACAAUUGCAGUCCUGUAAGCAUCGGAUACUCUGUGAUGAUUUGAUUAAUUUCAUGUGUUCUAAUCCAACUGUGAUGUGUAUUCAUAUCGCCACAAAGAAA